AUGCCAUCCUCUGCCCGGUGCCACUAUGGGCUCUUGUGGAUGACUUCAUUGGCGCUCUUAUUGACGGUCCAAGCCGUGACUGCCGCCACACUGGAAAAGUCGUGGACGUUGUAUCACUCCUCCAAUGGAGGCCAAGAUUUUGCCCAUCGAGCAUCCAUUGUCCUUUCGUUGGAUCCAGAAGCGGAAGGAUCGGUUGAUAUUUCCAUUAGCAACGACAACUCGACGUUGAAUGAACAAACAUUCUUGGACAACAAGGCCGCUGGAUCCUUGUACCAGCUCAAGCUAGUCGAAGAGGGAAGUGACGGCAGUGAUUUUAUUCUUUCCAGUGUGCCGGGAUGUCAGUUGUUGCGAGCCAAUUUCAGAGAAGAGAUUGUACUUACGCUGGGCCCCAAGGCAUCUGCCAUUAGUUUGACUUAUAUUCCUUUGGUCAGUCCAUUGGCUCCCAAAUCGUGCGACCAUGCCAUUUGGGAUGAGAAAAAAUCCAAUUUGCCCGAAGGGUGGGAUUCCCGCAUUUCGUGGGAAACGGCAACCCCGGGAAUGGUAUUACGUCCCGUCAUGCCUCAGUAUCGUCCUCCUCCUGGUUUGAGAUGGUUGCCUCGUAUUGGGACCAACGGCAAGCUAUACAGUGCUCAGGGACCGCCUGGUGGCGACAAGGAAAAGGAGGGCGGCGGGCCUGGACAGCAACCCGUGGACAAUACACCCUUUGGUUUUGCCAAGCGCUAUUGGUACAUGCUACUACCACUCUUUUUGGCCAACUUUAUUGGAUCCGAUCCUCCUUCGGAAGAAGGCCAAUCGGGAGGAGGACAGCAACAACAAGUAGGAGGUCCUCCACCGACGGCAGCACCUGCAGUUGGAGGUGCCACCAAAAAGCGUCGUGGAAAGCGAGAUUAG